AUGGCAACUGUGUUUGGAAGACUGUGGUGCAAGGCCAUUUUUGCUGGCUAUAAGCGAGGUCUCCGGAACCAAAGAGAACACACUGUGCUUCUUAAAAUUGAACGUGUUUAUGCUCAGGAUGAAAUUGAGUUCUACUUGGGCAAGAGGUGUGCUUGUGGGUACAAAGCAAAGAACAACACAGUGACUCCUGGCAGUAGACCUAACAUAACCAGAGUAAUCUGGGGAAAGGUAACUCAUGCUCAUGGAAACAGUGGCAUGGUUCAUGCCAAAUUCCAAAGCAACCUUCCUGCGAAGGCCACUGGACACAGAAUCCAUAUGAUGCUGUACUCCUCAGGAUUUAAACUAUUGAAAAGUAAAUAA